AUGGAGUGCGGAAAGAGCUUCUGUUUCAAUGCAAAACUUAGAACACACCAGCGGACUCACAGAGAGAGAAAACAUUUUAAGUACAGGGAGUGUGGGAAGAACUUCAGUCAGAGUGGAAACCUUAAAUUGCACAAACGGACUCAGACAGGGGAGAAGCCAUAUAAAUGCAUGGAAUGUGGAAAGGGCUUCAGUGACAGUGGGCACCUUAGAAGACAUCAACGGACUCACACAGGAGAGAAACCAUAUAAAUGUAUUGAGUGUGGGAAGAACUUCAGUCAGAGUGGAAACCUUAAAUUGCACAAACGGACUCACACAGGGGAGAAACCAUAUAAAUGUAUCGAGUGUGGAAAGAGCUUUAGUGAUAGUGGAAGCCUUAGACAACAUCAACGGACUCACACAGGGGAGAAACCAUAUAAAUGUAUCGAGUGUGGAAAGAGCUUUAGUGAUAGUGGAAGUCUUAGUAAACAUCAACGGACUCACACAGGGGAGAAACCAUUUAAAUGUAUGGAGUGUGGAAAGAGCUUCAGUCAGAAUGGACACCUUAGAUCCCAUCAACGGACUCACACGGGGGAGAAACCAUUUAAAUGCAUGGAGCGUGGAAAGAGCUUCAGUCAGAAUGGACACCUUAGAUCCCAUCAACGGACUCACACAGGGGAGAAACCAUUUCAAUGUAUAGAGUGUGGAAAGAGCUUUAGUGAAAAUGGAAGCCUUAGAAACCAUCAACGGACUCACACAGGGGAGAAACCAUUUCAAUGUAUCUAG